AUGGACCCUUUUGAUGAGGUCAAAGAAGAUGCUUGGCUGCAAGUGAACGGGCUCCAAGAGUUUGUGAACAAGAAUAGACCACAGAAUGAAACUAAACUUGAUUUUGAGAACGCAUUUCAAGAGUUACAGGAGACCAUUGGAGAUCUCCGACAAGCUGUGACAAUCAGCGAAGCUAAUCCAGACCAGUUUCAACUUAAUUCCAAUGAUAUUAGUCAUCGAAAAGACAUACUUGCCCAGCUUGAUGCAAAAGUGACAAGUAUACUGAAACAAUGGUCUAGUAAAAAUGACCCUCAUCGUCCUCGAGAUGUCACCACCAUGUCUAAUCGAAUUUCUCAAGAUACUCACGAAGAAAACCCCUUUAAUGACAGUAACAGAUUAGAUGAAGAAUUCAAUGCGUAUCAGCAACAAGAAGUUAUCCAAAAUCAAGAUUUACAACUAGACCAAAUCCAUCAAACUAUGCGCAAUUUGAACUUACAAGCCACAAUGAUGGGUGGUGAAUUAGAAGACCAAGGAAUGAUGCUCGACGAUCUCGACCAGGAAAUGGACGUUGUGGGCAGUAAGCUUCAGCGAGGGUUGAAGAGAGUGGGUUUUGUCAUUGAAAAGAAUAAGGAACGUGCUAGUGAUUGGUGUAUUGGAAUCUUGGUGGUUGCAUUAUGUGUUUUGCUUAUCAUUGUCAUAGCUAUAUAA